CAUUUUGCUAUGUCCACUCCACCCUCUCUGAAUAGUGUGAAUAGUCUGUCUUUUUUGUUUUGCGAUUAACGAUGCUCUCUGGAAACAACAAUUCGACGGCGAAAUUGGAAAAAAGCGAGAUGGAUGCUGCUCCUCCCCCUCCUCCACCUUCACAGUCCGCCUCUACGCCGGCUCCGGCGGAGACAGAGGAUCGAGACAAGGAGAUAGUGCACAGGACAAAAGCGAUACAAUUUUUAGGGCGAACGACGCCUAUAAUUCUCCAAAAUGAUAAUGGCCCUUGCCCUCUCCUCGCUAUCUGUAAUGUUCUUUCACUGAAGAACAGCUUGAAUUUGAGUCCAGAUAUUCCGGAAGUUUCACAGGAGAAACUGCUGUCCCUUGUUGCUGAGCGGUUGAUUGAUUCAAACUCCAGUGUUGAUAACAAAGACACUGGAUAUGUCGAAAAUCAGCAGCAGAAUAUUGCCGAUGCCAUUGACUUACUUCCUAGACUUUCUACUGGGAUUGAUGUGAAUAUAAAAUUUAGAAGAAUUGAUGAUUUUGAGUUCACUCCAGAAUGUGCAAUAUUUGAUUUAUUGGAUAUUCCACUCUAUCAUGGGUGGAUUGUUGACCCUCAGGACUAUGAGACUACAGAUGCUAUUGGCUCAAAAUCAUACAAUACUCUUAUGGGAGAGCUUGUUUCAUUAGAAACUCAAAAUGUGGAGGAUGACCACAAAAAGAACACUGAUGAUGGUGAUGAUGAUGAUGUUGAUUUUGUUGCUGCUACAACUGCAGCACUCGGAGUACCUUCUCCUAGUCUUUCAAGGGGUCAAUCUUUUGAUGAGUCUCCCCAUAAGCCAAGAAAGGGGGAUGUAGAAGAAGAAGCAUUGCUCUUAAAAGUCUUGAAAAUAUCAGAGGCAGAAGGGACCAACCCAGUGUCAGAUGGUGUUUCUGAUGAUAUAAGUUUCCAUGUAAGUCCUGUAAAGGAACCUGAAUUGAUAACACAUAUGAGAAAUGUGGAAGAUGAUAUUUCCAAAGGAACAACCAAUACUCCAUCCAUUGCCCAUGCAGAUGUAAAAUUUCCUGAAGCAGUUCCACAAGAAGUUAAUUGCUCAUUCUCGAAAAUUGACCAGGAAAAUAGCUCUCUCCAUUCUUCCCACAAGGAAUCUCUAAAGGUUGGUGAUGCAGUUGUUUCAGAUACUGGAACUAAGAAUGGAAAAGUUCAGUCCUCAUCAGUUGAAGAUGAAGUUAUAUGUGAUCAAGAUAAUUCUCAAGAUAAACUAAGGGGUGAUGAACUUGCUCAAAACGACUUGAUUACAACCCUAGAACCAGAUGAACCAAGAAAUCAGCAAAAUGGUGGCAAGGAAAAAGAUACAACUGACUUGUUGGCUAUUCCUUCAGGACCAGAUUCUGCCAGUGGCCAUACACAUAAUACAGAAGAUCCUCAAGGCUUCCCUUCCAAUGUUGAUAACAAUGAACCUAUUUAUGAAGGCGAAGAAUGUAUAUUAGACUCAGGACAUGUAAUUUAUGAAAAUCGGGAGCCUGUAUAUGAAGGCGAAGUGGUUCUUGCAGAACAAGCAGAUAAAAGUAAUACGGAGGAUGGUGGUCUUAAUGGAAAGGAAAUAAUAUCUGCAAAACAAGGCGAAAUAAUCAGGAACUUUUUGAACAUAAGUGCUAGUCAGCUUACUGUAUAUGGGCUGUUUUGCUUACAAGAUAGGGUGAAGGAGCGUGAACUUUGUGUCUUUUUCAGAAACAAUCAUUUUAACACUAUGUUUAAGUAUGAAGGUGAGUUGUACAUUUUGGUUACAGACCAGGGUUAUAUUAAUCAGCCAGAUCUGGUGUGGGAAAAGCUGAACGAGGUGAAUGGCGACAGUGUAUACAUGACGGGCGAUUUUAAGGAAUUUAAGAUGGAUGACAAUUCCAACAACACAUGGAAUGAACAGAAUGCCAUGGACUAUCUAGCCGGUGGCAUUGAUACUACUCAAGAAAAUUCAACUUUCAAUUCUGAUCUGCAGUUGGCAAUGGCUCUUCAGCAACAGGAAUAUGAGCAGCAGCAGCAGCAGCAAAAUCAGCGUAACUUGCAGCAACCAGCCGUGACUGAUGGUUCAAAGAUGGUCACCGGUCCAAGGGUAUCACACAAUGGUGGGAGGAGUUCCUCCUCCUCCUCCUCAUCUAAACAGCAGGAAUCGCCGAAAGCAAAGGAGAGGUGCAUUUUGAUGUGAUGACUACUUGCAGUUGCAGGUAGGUUUCAACAUUCAUCGAAGCAAGUUUUGCUGAGUGUUGUGGAACAACUAAUUGCCUUUGAUUGACUUCCAUUCUGCUCACUUAUCUCAUGUCUGUAGAACACUAUGAUACUAACUGCACAGCACAGCAUCUCACCUCACCUCACCUCACGUGUUGCUGUAAAUAGGAAAAACGCGUGUUUUACCUGGCAUUUAUAUAUAUAUAAAAAGUUAGGCUACUACUUAAAAAUCGCUUUUAGGUAGAUAGCACUUUAUCAGCAGUGGUAGUAGUCUAACAGUAACUAUUUUCCUUUGUAAGCUCCUCUGCAGAAGAUGAUGCACAUAAUGUACGCUCAGUUUCAACUCCAUUAUAAUCUCUCUCUCUCUCUC